AUGAAUUUGAAUUUUAUUAGAAAAUCAUUUAGACAAUUUAAAUCAAGUAUAAUAUAUUGGAUAUUUGGUAUAUUAAUAUUUAUAAUAAUUUUACAAUUGUUUUAUGGAUCAUCAAUAUCAGAAACUACAAAACAUGUUUAUAAGAUUAUUAAAUCACCUAUAUAUUCAAAUUUAGAUUUAAAUACAAAUACAAAUACAAACUCGCAAACAAAUAACAACGAAAAUCUCCCCAUAGUAUUCCCCAAUAAUUAUUUUAAAAAUGAUAAACAAUUUUCAAAAUUUAUAACAGGAAUUGACCAACAAAUCUCAGAAUUAGCCAAUAAUAAUCAAAAUCAAGAAGUUACAAUUGCCAAAGAAAUAAAUCCUAUACACAAUCAAAAAUCUUUUAAAUAUCAUGAUUUAAAAAAUAUAACCAUAUUUAAUAAUUUAAAACAAAUAAAUUUAAAUUUAUCAAAAUGUAAUGAAAUAAAUCAAUUUUCAAAAUUUCAAAUAAGUGAAGCAAAGGAUCUUAAUUUUAAAAAUUCUUUAACUCCAAUUGUAUCUAAAAUUUUAAAAGAAAUUGAAAAACCCGAGGGUGAAGGUAAUUUAUAUUUAAAACAAUUAGAAAAAAUGUUAUUACCAGAAAUAAAACUACAAAUUAUUUUAAAUGUUGUUGAUAAAUUUUGGUUUAAAUUAGCUGAAAGUUCAACAUGGUUAAAACAAUAUAGUGUUCAUUAUUCAAUUACUAGAAUUUUAUAUUGUCCUACUGGUAUAAGAAAUCAACCUAUUUUUUCUUUAACCUACGCUCAAAUAUUUGAUGAAAAUUGGAAUGAAAUUGAUGGAUUUAAAAUUUAUAUACCAAUGGAAAAUGUUGAAGAUGCUUUAAAUAAUAUUUAUAAAGAAUCAAAAAUUAAAGAGGAUAAAGAUAAAACUCAAAAACAAAAUCUGGAAAAACUAGAAGAACUUAAAUCAAAAAUAGGGAAAAAUAAACCAAAAACAGGAGGAAACAAACAAGAUUUAGGGGGAACCAAACAAGAUGUAGGGGAAUCUAAACAAGAUGAAGGAGGAACUAAACAAGAUCUAGGAGAAACUAAACAGGUGACAGGUGAGAAUCAACAGAAACAGGAAGAAGGUGAAAGCCAAGCUGAACAAAACUUUGAACAAAAUUUUGAACAAAGCCUUAAACAAGAACUCGAACAGGAAGAAAACAAACAAGAAGAAGGGGAAACCAAACAAAAUUUGGAUGAAAAACAAGGAAAUGAAGAAAAUAAAAAUUCUGAAAAUAAUCAAGAAAAUCAAAUGGAUAUAAAAGAAGAAGAAAAUUUAGGUACCGAUGAAAAUAAUAAUCAAAAAGAAAAUCAAAAUACCAAUAAGAGAGAUAAAAUAAAUAAAGAUAAAACCUCACAACCACCACCACCUAGUAUAAAGCAUAAAGUAUUAACAUUCCCACAAUUCAUAUCAAUACCAUUCUUCUAUGAUUUAAAUGAUCCAAAUGGAAAAUUUUAUGGACCAGAAGAUCCAAGAUUAAUUCUUGUAAAAAAUAAAUUAGGAUAUGUAGAACCAUUAUUAAUUUAUAAUGCAGAUCAUAUGAAAUUAACAUAUCCUGAUGAAGAUAAUUCAGAUGGUGUUGAACCAAAAUGGGAACAUUAUAGAUCAAUGUUUUUAGCAUGGCCAUGGCAAAUAAACCCAGAAAGUGAUAAAAAUGAAGUUCGAAAUUUAGAGUUAAAAUUACUAGGUUAUAAAUAUUCAAAAACUCAAAAAAAUUGGACUCCAUUUUUAAGUUAUUUAGAUAGAUUUAAACCUGAAAAUAAUGGAUAUGAUCAACACAUAUAUUUUAUUUUUAAAUGGGGACCAUUAAGAGGUGGUACUCAAUUAAUUAAUAUUAAUGAAAUUUUAAAUUUACCCGCGUCAUAUCCAAAAGAAAUUUGGGUUGGUAUAGCAAGAUGUCAUUUAAAUAAUUGUGGAUGUGGUAGAACUAUGUAUAGACCAAAUUUAGUUAUUAUAACAAAAGAAAUUGAUCAACAAACAAGAGAAAUUUUUUAUAAAAUUACUCAUGUUUCAUCAGCUUUAACUUUUGAUCUUUAUGUAUUUGGUUGGGAUUUAAUGUAUCCUGAAAAUGUAUGUAUUAGAGAAAAUAUUUUAAUUCCAAAUGGUAUAUCAUUAUGGUCAAUUGAAAAAUUUAAAGAAAUAAAUUUCAAUGAAGAAGAAUAUAAUCUAUUAGAAGAAAAUGGAAUUCCUGAUAUUAGUAACAUCAUAAAUAAUAUAAAAGAAGAUUAUAUGACAAUAACUUUAACAAUAGCAGAUUAUACAAAUUUUAGAUUAAAUAUAAAAGGAUUACUCAAGGAUAUGAUAAAUUGGAAAAUAUUUGAAAUAACACCAACAACAACCACCAAAAACUAUAAAAAUAAUGAUAAUAUAGUAUGUGCAUUAGAUUCAUCAGAAAAAUAUUGUAAAGAAUAUGGUUUAAAAAAUAAAAUAAAAUCACUUUCAAAUUUUAAAUUAGAUUUUGAAAAUUUAGUUAUUGAUCCUUUAAAAUUACAAUAUUUUUAUUAUACUAAUAAAUAUGGUUUAAGAGGUAUAAACAAUUAUUUAAAAAAUAGUUAA